AUGGGUACGGACUUCAUUACUGCCCUGUGGGACUUUGGUGUCGGGUCUGAUCUGAAGGGACCCCCCUGGGAGAGAGGUGAGCAGCGCAGGAUGGAGUUGCAGAAGAUGCUCAUAACCCUGCAUAGAGACCAGCGCCUGCUGCGUGUGUCUGAGCUGCGGGCUCAGUGGCGAGAGGUGAGCGAGAGAGAGAGGAGAGCGCGAUUCCGCAACCAGCAGCUGCUCAGAGACUUCCAGAGAGUAGAGGAGGCCAUGGGGGAGCUCUCCGAACACAACGCUGCCAUGAGCAGGAUACGGACAGAGUAUGAGAGACAGCUGGAGAAACACUUCCCUCGCUGGCAGAAGAAGCUGGAAGAGAAAUGGACAGCAGCUCAGCAGAGCAAACAGGCUGAAUGGUGCUCUGAGCCAUUGAAGCCCGCAGUGCACAACUCUGUACCAGGAGGGGAGAGCUGGAGAGACCCUGACCCUGGAUCCAGAACCCCGCAGCAUUCAAACACGGGCCUGGCAGAGGGGAGAUACACCCCCAUCCCCAGCCCUCACCAGGCUCCUUGGCUGGGCGACUUCCUGGCCAAAACUAACCCCUUCCAGAAUUACGGGGUAGCCCCUCCAGCUGCCCCCCUAGCUCAGGGCGGGCCUGGAAGAGAAGCGAUCAACGACCCAAGGAGGGGGGUCCAAGCCCUGCAGGAACCAGCCAGCUACCUCUGGCAGCAAAGCGCCUUCCAGCAGGACUCCCAAUUGGAUUCCCCUCACGUUGGGCAAACGAAUCCCAAGAUCCCUUUCCCAUCCGGAUUGGGAGGGAGGCUGGGCAGGCAGAGCCGGGUGGAGAUGAAGAGGGCUGCCAGGCUUAGGGCUUCCCCCAGCAGUGGGGACUCCUCAGUGGAGGGAGGCAGCAGAAGAUCCAGCCAGGCGACCAAGACAGCGGUGCUUCAGGAGAGGCGUCCCAGAGCAAAGAGGGGGGAGCGGAUGACUUUGAAGGCCCAGGAACUGGAUGUGAACCCAGGAGUUACAGUGGCUCCGGGACUCCAGCAGGCUUGGAUUGGCAACCCAAUGAAACCAGGCGAGGGCUGGAACCGCUAA